AGUGAUUCAUAAGAGUUUAGUUGAAUUUGAAUUUAGCAGCAGUGUAUUUCAUUUAUUCUUAAUAAAAUGGAAUGUUGUAUUUGUUUCAAACCAACUAAAACUAAGGAUAUACGACAAUUACCUUGUCAUAGUUCUCGUAUAAUUUGUAUUCAAUGUUUACGGAAAUACGCAACUAAUAAGACUAAUUUUAAUUGUCCUCGUUGUGGUGAUAAAAUUUUAUGCCCUAAACUUGGUCUAGACGAAUUUAAAGUAAAAAACAUCUUUGGAAUAUUACAAGAAAACCUAAGAGAAGAGAUCAGUAUAUCUGGUCAAGAGUUAAAAUUUAGUGAGCGUAGUGCAAAUGAUACAUUCGGACAAACAAUCGGUAAUCUUAAAAAGGAAAUAGCAGAAGAACAGAAUAACUUAAAACAGAAUAUUGAAGAGUAUCUUAGCGAAAAAACUAACAACUUGGAUGUAUUGUUAAAGAUAUUGAAUAAUAAUAUUGAAAGUGAGGAGGCCGAUGAAGAAACUCUAUCCAGGCAAGAAGAAGACCUUAAUAAUAUACAAGAUGUUUUAGAGAGUCUUAGUAACGAGUAUUUAAAGUUUGAUUCAAAUAUUAACGACUUUAAUAAUUUGUGCCUUGCUCUCUACGGAUAUGAGAAACCGAUUAAUCAAUACGAGAAAUUCAUCAAAGAUAUAAAAUUAACAUUUGCUCAUUAUCCUUAUUUUUAUAUCUUUUGCUCGAAUAGACGUUAUCAUAUAUUAGAUAAAGAUAAUAUGACAACUCAUCAUUGUAUCAAUUUCAUUGAUAUUGCUGAAGAUGAUAGAAACAAUUUCUACUUUCUAGUUAGAGAGAAUGAUUAUAAAAUCUUUAAAAUGAAAAAGACUUCAAACAGUUUUAAAGAUGUUAAUGUAACUCAUGGAGAUGUUCAACGACGUCACAGUAAAACGUUACUAUUUUUGGAUAAAAGGAAUUUUAUAGUAUUCGAUCCAUCGGCAAAAGUCUUUAAUAUAUUUGAAAAUCUCCUGCAAAAUUCAAAAGUAUAUAAGAAAUUCAAGAUAAAAGAAUUCAUUUAUUUUAUUCUUGAAGAAGAGAUUAUGUACUGUAGAAUGGAUGAUAUUACAACUCAUUCAAACUGGAAAACGCAACAACAAACUAUAUUUAAAAAGUGUUCAAUUCAAAUAACUAAGAAAGAAGAGAUCUUUCAAAGGGAGAAUAUUUUAAAAGAAAUAAAAACUGGUAAAAUCUUUACAAAAAGUAGUAAAUAUAUCUUCCUUUUAGACUGUGAAACGAAGAAUGCAACUAGGAUUCCAUCGUCGAAUUUAAAAUAUAUUGAAGAUGCCGAUAACUAUAUGACUUGUAAAGAUGAAAUACAAUUUCUAUUUUAUAAUGCUAGCGGUAUAGCUAGAUCAAUAACGUACGACUUUUAG